CGGGCUUGAGGCUGAAUUUGGGGAAGUGCGCGAGGGGCGGCUGACUCCGGAGGCGAGAGGCUUGGCUGGUGCGCGGGCGAACGCCCGCUUCUGCGCUUUUGGAGAGGCAGUAAGAUGGCCGUUCGAAAUGUACUCGUGACAGGCUGCUCUUCCGGCAUUGGCCUCGCCCUGGCAGUACGUCUGGCCAGAGACGAGCUGAAGCGAUUCCGAGUUAUUGCCACCAUGAGGAAUUUAGAGAAGAAUCAAGAACUGGUGAAGCAUGCAGGGCCUGUGCUGGAGAAGACUCUGGAGAUCAAGGAGAUGGAUGUGACCAGCGAGGAAUCGAUCCGACGCUGUGUGGACACCAUCCCCCAGCGCAGGGUGGAUGUGCUUGUUAACAAUGCUGGUUUAGGCAUGAUUGGACCGGUCGAAAGCCAGAGCAUAGCCUCAAUGCAGCAGCUCUUUGAUACCAAUUUCUUUGGCUUGGUGCGCCUUAUCCAAGAAGUCUUCCCUGGCAUGAAGCGCCGAAGACAGGGACAUGUCGUCGUGAUGAGCAGUGUCCUGGGCUUGCAAGGUCUCCUCUUCAACGACAUCUACUCUGCCUCCAAAUUUGCCGUGGAAGGUUUCUGCGAGAGCUUGGCCCUGCAGGCCCUGAAAUUUGGGGUCAACAUCAGUUUAAUUGAGCCUGGGCCAGUGAUAACAGAAUUCGAGAGGAAGCUCUACGAAGAAGCAGCCAAUAUGGACCUCUCUCAGGUGGAUAAAGAAACGCUGGAUAUAUUUCAGGGCUUCUACAUGGCCUAUUCCAAGGAAGUCUUCACUGCGCUGGGGCAAUCUCCAGAAGAGGUGGCUGAGCAUACUAUGAAAGUGAUCACCUCAGAGAAGCCUCCAUUUCGGUACCAAACCAACAGCCUCUACACGCCCAUCACCACCCUCAAGCACGCUGACCCCAGUGGGAACUUGCCCCUCAACGCCUUCCAUCAGAUGAUCUUCCAGCACGACCGGCUCUUCAAAGCCAGCCUCAGCCUCCUCAAAAUGCUCCAGUGGAGGAAGAGGCGGGACAUGGAGCACAGCAGGUCCCCCUGAGAGGAAGCGGCUGACCCGCCUCGGAGCCUCUCACUUCCACAGCCCACUCGCAGGCUUUCUAGAGAGUUUAGCAUUGAAUCCUGGGCGGCAUUAUACUCCCUAGAUGCCGGGGCAGCCCUACUAUGAGGCGAAGUGAGGCAGCCCUUGCCUCAGGCGGCAGAUUCUGGAUGUCUCAUGGAGGCAAAGUCUUAUCCAUUGGGUACCAUCGACUGGGGAGGUGAUUCGCUCUGAUAGUUCACGUUCUUUUCGGUUUCGAUUCUGCUGCAUUCCUGUCAGUUCACGAGAGGAAGGUGCCAUUACGUUCUGUAGGGUUUGUUGUCGUCUUUGCCCUUGAGCACCAGAAUUCCUGAGCUGAGAAAUUAUUGGCUGCCGCUGAGGUCUUGCAAGUCUCCUCACAGAAGCGGGCAAGGAAACCCAGCCUUCUGCUGCAGAAGAACGUCCCAACAUCCAGCACAGGACCUGCCUCAGCAUCCUGUCCUCUCUGAACAUUUAAGAAUCUCAUUACCAGAAGUAGCCUGAAAUGUCAUCUAGUCUAACCGAGGCAAGCAGCAGGAUUUGGUUAGAUUAUGCAUUUUAUUUAUGCUUUUCACAGGCUUGAAUUUUAAGGAUCAAAGAGAAAGGAGGUACCAAGCCCUCAUAGGCCAUCGAAUAACUUGGGAAAGGGCCAAUUCCUCCACUUUCUAUGUUCCAGUAGCCUAUGCUCUGUUCUCCACCAGGAUAGACAACAUGUUGCCCAUGUUGUCGGUCUCCCAUCAGCCUCUGCAAGCAUAACCAGUAGUUGCUGAUGAUUGGAGUUGUAGUACAACCACAUCUACAGGGCACAACAUUGUCUGCUCGUUUUUCACACUAUGUACAGCAGUCUUCCCCAACCUGAUGUUCUCCAGAUGUUUUGAUUACAACUCCCAGCACCAGCAGAGGGUUGCAACCAAAACAUCUGGAGAACGCCAGGUUGGGGAUGUCUGCUUUAGAGCUGGGGAAGCUGUCGGCCUCCAAAUAUUGUGGAACUGCCAGCUCCCCAUCAUCCCUAAGCCUUGGCAAAGCUGGCUGGGUCUCAGGAGUUGGAUUUGGUUGGCCACAGGUUCUCCUGCCCUGGCAUUCUGGAGCCAGGUAGCAUUCUGGAGCCCAUACCACUUUAGCCCUGCAAGUAGCAUUGUCAUAUAUUUUUUUCAUCUUCCCUUAUGUAAAAUAAGAAAAUUAAUACUCUGCACGUAGUAAACUGGCAUGUCAGUCAAGGGUUUUAGCAGAGCAGUCUGCUGAUAUGCUAGCUUACUGCAUGCAGGGAGAUUUAUAGGAGCGAGAUUUAUACCAGCGCUAUACAAAGCCAGACUAUCUGAUCCUCUAGCCCGCUACUCUGAUAGCUGGCCCUGGAUUAUGCUGACUUCCCACCACCUACUACUUGAACCUUUUAACUGGAGAUGCCAGGAACUGGGGACCUUCUCCAUGCAAAACAAGUGCUUCGCUUCUGAGCUUUGCCACCUCCCCUUCAUUAAAAACAUGGCCCUUACCACAUCUGUAAUCCAAAGUGGAUUUGUCCAGAAUGCAAUCACACCUGUCUUAUCUCAUUCUGCCUAAUGGAGGGACCAACUUGAGGACAAGCAGGAAUAUAACCAGGAAUCUGGACUUCUACCUGACUGACCUCCCCUUAGGAUUCCUGCUGGAGAUGUCAAGCGACUCUUGGCAGUCUUGGACCAGCUCUCAGGUCAGGGCUGGGGGGAGCUGUGGCCUUCCAGAUGUUGGUGAACCACAUCUCCUGCCCUUGACCAUUGGCCAUGCCGACUGGGGCUGAUGGCAGUCGAAGACCAACGAAACCUGGAGCACCACAGUCUCUCCAUCACUGAUCUAGAGCAACCCUCAGAAUGGAGAAGCCGUCAUAAGAACAAGACUAUGAAGCAGCUUUUAAGGCUGAAAAAGAAAUUGCAAUUCCAGUUUUAUUUUCUUAAUGUAACCAGGAGGAGGAGGAAAACUGAGGGAGGCAUUGGGGUGAAAGCAGAGAUAGGAAUCCUUUUUUUAAAAAAAGGAUGAGGAAGAGAAAAUGCUCUUGCUUCUUGGACCAACCAUGACUGAAUACAGGGGGACAGGAGAACAAUAGGAAAAGAUGCUGACAUUCCACUAGCUUAAAUAAACCAAGCGGUCGUUCGGGCAGCACUACAUCUUAGAAGGCACCAACAGGAGAGCAUUUUCUGCAACAUUGCAAAGAAUGGCAAAGCACACUUCUCAGAUUGUCUGGCUUGGGUAGUCUAGUAUGGGGAUUGUUGAGAGUGCUAGAUUUGGGUCAGAGGGCCCUGGGUUCAAACCUUUGCUCUGUCAUGGAGUUAUCUGGGUCUCCUUCAGCCAGUCACUGUCAGUCGAACCGACCUUGAAGGCUUUCUUGUGAGGACAAAAUGGGAGAGAGUUACCUGUUCUGGUCUGAGUCUUGUGGAUGAAGAGUAGGAUUAAAAUAUAAUAAUUAAAAUAUCCUAAGUAGAACUGCCCCUUUUCUGUGUCUUUUUUACAUACAUCCUAUAUCCAAAUCUCUAUCAGUGUGGGUGGAACAGGGGUUUCCAACCCACAACUGGGGGUGGACCAGUUAGGUAAUUUAGGUAUAUUCUUGAGGCGGGGUUUGUGUGAGAGAGAGAUUCAGGAGAGAAUCCUGUUUCCAAAUCCAAAUGAUCUUCCAAUUUAGGGACACUGGCUGGUUUUAUUGAGAAACUGUCUAAUAGCACCAUCUUGUGCACCUUUACUCAGAAUUAUGUCCCAUUAAGUUAUUUGGGGCUUACUUCCUGGUAAGUGUCUAGGAUUGGUGCCUGAGUUGUGCACAUUCCACCAUGCAGUAGUCUGUUAAAUAAAUACUUUUGUACAGGAA